CUCAAUCAUAUGAGGAUUUUCUCAAGAAAAAAUUCCCGAAGUUUUUUUCUCAACGGUUUUAUAUGUAUUUUGAACCGCUGAAUCAGAAUUUUCACUUUGCUAACACGCCAGAGUACGCACUUCCACCAAGAAGUUCAGAAAAGAGAACACUGCGUUGGUUCUGUAACAGGCCGCUCUCUCCAGCAGCUGCUGAGGUGGCACCUGUUCAAGAUGGCACAAUAAACUCUUCGAAUUCAGACAUUGAAAACGGAGGCCGCGAAUCAAUUCCAGAUCAUCUCGAUGGCGAUAUUGAUGAAACGAUUCCCGAAUUUGACGCAUCUGAUAAAGACGAUGAUGACGACUAUGUACCUAAUAGUUGCUCCGACACGAGUUCGGAGGAUUCAGAUGUGGAAAUGGAUUUAGAACUCGAAGAUCUACAUGACAAACAAUCUUACCAUAUUCCCUCUGCUAAAACUACUUGUACAUCUACCUCAAUUUGUAACCAAGCCGAAGAAAAUCGGACCAUUUCACCUGAAAUAAGUUCUUCUCAAACAAUUACCGCAGUUUUGCCCGUAGAGGAAACCGGUAACGAUCUUUUAUAUGGAAAAAGAAAUAGGCAGAAGGACUUUUGCUUUUUCUGCGACACCUUGGUACAGUGUUUUGCUAGGCAUAUUAUCCGAAACCAUGCAACAGAAACUGAAGUACAAAAAAUCUUGUCAUAUCCUCCAAGAAGCACCACAAGAAAACAAUUAAUUACGAUGAUACGUAAAAAGGGAAACUAUUUAAAUUCUAAUACACUACAAAAACCAGUUAGGAAAGGUACCCUUGACCAACCUCUCUUGCCGUGCUCACAUUGUUGUGGUUUAUACUCAAAAAAACAAUUAUGGAGGCACGCUAAGCAACGUAAUCCCAAUCAACCGUCUAGAAACACAAACCUUUAUGCUGAACCAUUUAAAGGUUGACUUAAAUUUGAAAAAUAGGGUUUUUCCAAAAAUGAGACCAGAUGAAAUUUCACUGAUAGCAAAAAAAGAUGUUUUGAUUUGCGCGUUUGGAGCUAGAUAUUUAAAAAUACAUAAAGAAGAGCACUUUGUGAACGUUACUUCUCGCAAAAUGCGGGAGUUGGCGAGGCUUGUACUUCAUAUUAAAAAAAUGCAUCCUCAUUUGACAGACCUGACUAAAAUUUUGAUAUUUUAAUAGAUGCAACUAAGGCAGUUGCAAGAUUUGACAUGGACCAUGAAACGUUCAAGUCCCCAACAUAUGCUUUGAAUAUUGCAACUUCCAUUAAACAAUGUUGUGACAUCGCCAUAAUGGAAAACCUAAAAAGAAAAAACGUCGAUAUAAGCGUGUCAACUGCUGAUAUUGAAGCUGAUCUGAAAACACUGAUCCACUUAAUAAAUGCGAAUUGGAAAUUUGAAAUCUCUAAUCAAGCCGGAAGCGAUUUAAACGUAAAUAAGUGGAAUAAGGUUUCCAUUAUUCCCUUGGCUCAAGACCUAAAAUUACUGAAAGAAUAUUUGAUAAAAAUUGGAAAUCGAGCAAUGUUAAACAUUCAAU